UGGUUAUGCUAUCCGAUACCGUCGGGUUAACAAAUAUAUCGCGCAGUUGUGUUACUUCUGCUUACUCGUCGAGGACUGGCAGCCUUCCCUAUUCACGGCGCCGGUGAGGUCAGAGUUAAAGCCAGCCUCCGCAAUCUGACAACGCGUUCGCAAGAUGGCUUCGCUGCCAGUCGUUAGAGCGGCAGUACUCGUCGCUUUUUCAGGCUUUUUGACCCUAAUUUUGGGUUUCGGGCUCCCGGUUGCCCUCAACUUCGUCACCCAAGCCUUCGGCCUCUCCGAAGCGAGCGGGACUGAGUGCAUCGUGGCGGUAUAUGCAGUGUUUGUCGUGUAUAUAGCAAUGCCUCGACUACCCCGCGGGUCUGUCAAGGUGGAGGGAAAGGCGGUGUUCGUUACCGGAUGUGACCGAGGGUUUGGGCACGCGUUGGCCAAGCACCUCCACCGGCUCGGCUUCACCGUGUUCGCAGGUUGUCUCUCCAAGGUGGGUGAGGGGGCAGCGGAGCUGGAGAACAUGCACUCGGACACGCUGAAGGUGGUGCAGCUGGACGUGUGCAGCGAGGACCAGGUCUCCCAAGCGGUGGAGUUCAUCAGGGCUAACCUGGCCGACCCGGAGAAAGGUCUGUGGGCUGUGGUGAACAACGCCGGGGUGUCUACAUUUGGGGAGGUGGAGUUCACAAGCAUGGACACCUACAAGCAGGUGUCUGAGGUCAACCUGUGGGGCACCAUCCGAGUAACCAAAUCCCUCCUCCCUCUCAUCCGCAGAGCUGAAGGGCGUGUAGUGAACAUAGCCAGCAUGUACGGAAGAAUGGGGAAUGCCUUGCGUUCUCCUUACUGCAUCUCCAAGUUCGGCGUGGAGGCCUUCUCCGAUUGUCUCCGGUACGAGAUGAAGAACUGGGGUGUUAAGGUGUCCGUCAUCGAGCCGGGGAACUUCAUCGUGGCCACGGGCAUCAUGACGCGCGACACCGUGGCCACCACGGCGGAGAAACUGUGGAAGGAAGCGCCCCCUGGUGUGCAGGAGGACUACGGCAAGGCGCACUUUGAGCAGCACAUGGCUCUGAUGCGCUCCUACUGCAACAGCGGCCAGCGUGACAUCACACCCGUCCUGGAGGACAUCACGGACGCCCUCACGUCCAAGCGGCCAUACACGCGCUACAACCCCACGGAGCCCCAUUGGUGGAUUCGGAUGCAGGUCAUGACCCAUCUCCCAGCUGCUCUCUCUGAUAGGCUAUAUUUCUGAUAAGGUAGCCGCCCUCCUCCUCCCACCGGGGCAUGAACAGUUCAUCGUGUCAGUCUUCGCCACAAUUUCGCUUUCCGUGCUUAAGAUGCCGCAAUAAUUGGCGUAUUUCUGCCAUCGUUCGGUGCACUGACAUCAAAUAAUUCCCCGUCAUAAACGCUGUUUCAAAGGCAGUGGACACUAAUAAACCACAGCAGAGUCUGGUGUGUGCUGCAGUGUUAGCGCGCCGACCAGUUUAACGUUCCUACUGUACGCAACAUGACAUCCCACAGAUGGCACCUACUGGUCUCCUCUUCUAGUGCAGUGCAGAGUCACUGUGUGCUGGAACGUGCGCAGUCUUAGCCAGUAUCAGUUAGUAAACUCACCUCUGUUAUUAGUUAAAUUGAUCAUAAUUAUCAUUUCUUUUUAUUGUACAUUCUUUAUUCUAAUCACUUCAGCAAGACUGCACAUUCUUUUUUAAAAAAAAAAAUCAUGUUUAAGCCCAAAGUCAGAGUUUCACACCUAAUUAUCAGGCUGAUAAAAGCUGUACUCUGUUUAUACGUGCUCAUAACAUUCACUGCAGAUCAGAAGUUCGGAAUCAAUAUGAACAUAACACUACACACAACACCGCACAAAAUAAAAGGGUUUUAAAUCAUUUGAAUGAGUUUUACUCACAUUUUCUUUCCUAAAAAUCUUCCAUCUGCACUGACAGGCCGACACCUUCAGGGUACCCUCGGUGAAGUUUCAGCUGACGCGUUAUGAUUCUGUCACAAUGCUUUUCCCACCAAUUGCUCGUCUUCCCAGCAAGUAAGAGAUCCAACGUCUGCAUAGGUGUGUUGGCUGGUCUGUGCGUUUCUCUCCUGUCACAUGCUGAGCUUUCAGUCACGUUUUAGUAUUUGGGUAACAAAUGGCUGUAAAGUGGAUCAAAAUGACCUCCAUAUUGCUUUUGGUGUAGAUCCUUUUAUAAAUUCUUGUUAUUUUUGACGUGUGCUUUUAUUUUAUUGCUUGCUUGGAAGGAGCCUCCUCACUUAUAUUUGGGAUGAAAAUAAUGCAACUCCUCAAAUUCUUAAGAUUUGAACUUUUUCUCAAUAAAAGUAGUUUGUGAAAAUA